UUUGAUAGCUUGUUUUCGUUUCGUAUACUCUCUUACGUGAAUUUACAUAUGUUCUGAUAAUUUGAUAGCUGAUGAUUUUGUAGCAGCGCUGUUUCAAUAAACCACGAAUUUAACAGUACAUUUAAUAAUGGCGGAAAAUCGUAGCUCCGCACAAACCGAAUUUGGUAAUAAUACGCGCUCAAAAGACGACUACUCCAUGACAAUGGACCACGAUGCAGAUCCAAAUACGCAAGAGAGUCGUGAUGAUAGCACACAUACACCAAAUUCGUCUGCUCAUAAUACAGAUGAGGACGAUGACAGUGGCGAUGGACGUAGUAGCUCGGCGUUGGCUUCAUCGUCCACACUAAGCUACAAAGAAAGACGUCGCGAAGCGCACACACAAGCUGAACAAAAACGGCGUGAUGCUAUCAAGAAAGGUUAUGAUAGCUUGCAAGAACUAGUGCCUACAUGCCAACAAAAUGAUUCAGCAUCUGGUUAUAAAUUAAGUAAAGCGCUCAUAUUGCAAAAAUCAAUCGAUUAUAUUGGUUACUUAAAUUUGCAAAAAAAAAAGCAAGAGGAAGAGAGUGCUGCGCUGCAAAAAGAAGUAGCAGCUUUACGUAUAAUACAAAACAGUUAUGAGCAUAUGUUGCAGCACCAGCAAGCAAAUCCGGGACCUGAAGAAGCACGUCUAACCGACGAGGCAAAAUUUCAAGUGUUUCAGGCAAUCAUGGAUGAGAUGUUCGAAACAUUCCAGCAUAUACCGAUGGAUAAUUUUAAGCAACUAACAACAGGCGUCAUACCGUGGUUAGAAGAAUACUGCAAGCCACAUAUUUUGCGCAGCAUUCUCAGCCGCACGCUACAACAGAUGUCCCAGCUGCAAGUGCAAGAUAAACAGAAGCAGCAGCAGGAUAACGAAGGUUUUAGUUGAUUUAGUUGUAGGUUAUGUAAAAGCUGCGUAAUUCACGGUUAGCUAACUAGCUAUAUGUAAAUUUGCUUAUAAUUAUGGAAACUUAUUUUGUUUGAAUUAGUGAUAUUUUACUCCGGGAAUCAAAUUAGUAGUGGAAUUAUUAUUUUUAUUUUACAAAGAUUGCCAUUUCUUAAGCCAAAUAGUAAACCACGUAUUUUUUUAAUAUAGAAAAUUGUGCGUUACAAUAAUUUUAAUGUUGCUACAUAGCAUUAUGUUGAUAAGAACAAAGUAAUGGAAUUUAUUCGCGCUCUUGCAAAUCUGUAGACAACUUUAUAGUUAUUUCUGCGUUUAGACUUAACUUAAGGGUUCACUUGGUUGCGGGUAUAGAGUAUAAUCAUUUUUAUAUAAUUGGGUAAUUUUUUUUUUAUUUUUAGCAUUGUCAACUAUUUUGUUUUUCUGUUUCUGGGCAAUUAAAGAUUUUUUAUAUGAGUGUUUAUGUAACAUAAAAUAUACUCAAUUAAAGUGUUGCCUUAAACUGACAUAUUUUGUCUAAUACAUUUCUGCGACUUAGUCUUAAUUACUGUCAAAUUUGUACAAUAAAUUAAAAACAAACUAAA